UAUGGGGUGUUUCGCUUUCAGAAAGAGAAUGAAAUUUAAUGUUUUUCUUGAAUGCUUUAGCUACACAAAACAAAUUUCUUAGGCUUAGCAAUCCUUUCCUUCCUCUGCCUCCCUUCAAGUUUAAAACUUUAGAAACAUGGGAGGCAUAAAAUGGUGGUUCUGGUGGCUUUUUGUUGGAGGAACAAGGAGAACUGGAGCUUGGUGGGCAGGAAAAGGGAAGUCUUGACGCAGUUGCAAGCACGUGCUAUGCUAUCUCAGCAGCAACAGCCCUCCAACAUUAAAACCAGUCAGCUAAAUUGUUAGUGAUAAUUAUUUGUUGGAGUGCAGCUUUUGUUCCUAUUCUGUUAAAGAAGCUGUCUUUAAGCAACUCGGUUGUUACUGGUCUUUGGACUCUUAUUUUUAAAAUGCUAUUUUGGUGUUUUAGAUACUAAACCACUGCUGAAGUUGAUAAGUUAGCAGCAUGCUAGCUUUCACUUUGAGCUUCCUUAAUUCCAUUUAGAGAUUUAAUCUGUUAAAAACAUCCUGAAAUAAGCCCCUUUGUUUGAUAUUUGUCUUUCAGCACUACUUUUUAAUAAGAAUUUCAGUGGUUGUUGCAGAGAGAAAAUUAAGGUGUACUUGGCUGCAGGAUGCUCAUAUUGAUUUGCUUUAAAUAGCUUGAUUUCUGUAGGUAAUUAGAGUAAGAGGCCUUAUUUUUCACAGUAAAAAUAGUAAGUUAUUUGCCAAAUUAGUUACCUUGUUCCAUUACUUAUGUAGAUGGUUUCAAAAAUACAAGAGAUUUUGCAGGGGUUCAGAGAGCAACGUGGAUGACAAAAUACAAAGAAAAAAAUCUACAGGCUUUAGUGUAAAUAGGAUGUCCUCUACCUGAAUAAAAGAAGUGUUGUUUUUUGGUUUUUUUAGAUAAUUGGAGUCAGGAAUGCACAGUAUAACUAUAGGAAAAGGCGGGUGACCUGAAGCUAAUUUGAGUUUGGGGAGCCUAUGAGCAGCUGAACCAAGAGCAAGGAAGUAAGAUUAGGCAUAUUUAGCCUGAGGAACUGCUCUCAAACAUUCAAGGGUAGUGAGGGUACAGAGAAUGUAGGUUAGGGAGGAUAACCGAUCUACCUUCUCUUGCCUACUGGAAUAUCUUCUCUAAAGGAGGAGAGGAUUGUUUUUAAUGUACUGUAAUUUGAGUAAAAUUGACAAGGCAAAUUAAGCUUGCCUACAAGCAGACUUGUUCAGAGCUGUAUCCAGAGAAAUUACCUUCUCAACGAAUGCUGUUUGUUGUUAUCCUGAGCUCCAAGCUUCUGUUAAUGCAGGUGGGAGGAAAAACAAUACAUGUUCCAAUAUUUGGGUUGUUUUCAGGAUGAGCUUUAGGAAGACAAAGACUGUUUCUAAAGCUUUACCUACUCUUAAGUGAUAUACAAGUGGUUUUUGCUAAACUCACCACUGCUCUUGAGAGUAGACAAAUCUGAUGGUGUCUGUCAAUCAUGCAUAUUACUAGCAGCUUCAGAACAGCUGUUUAUCUUAACAAAGGUUACAGCCCAGCUGUAACUAUGUUUGAUCUCUUGGGGCCCUGUUUUGGAAUUGGUUUUCCUUGAAUAUUCAAACUAGUGUUAAGUGAGUCUCAUGCUUUUGCACUAACACAGCUGGUGAAGGGAGCAUCCUUGCCACUGUUUUGUCCAUUACAAAAUAGAUAGCAAGCUUAGUAAAACUCUUAUAUGGGAGGAAACAUCUAUUUCUGGCUGUUUUGGUAAAACAUCUCUUCCACUUUCUGCAUUUCUUCCUUAAACAGCUCAGUGGAAUUCCAUGGGAGAUACCAUGAGAUACGGUGAGAAAGGACUUGGGGGGGCUGUAGGAAGCCUUCUUCUGGUACUACUAAGUGCUCCUUAGUACUCUAGAAAGUGAACAGACACCUGCCUGCUCAGGUACAGUAAUUAGCUAACCCUGUACCUUUGUGUUUCAGAAUUUCUCUUGUUAGGACCUUCCAGUCUGUCUGAGGCUAACAAACUCUGUAAUUAUCCUGGUUUAAGCUCUUUGCUCCUUAAAGCUUAAAGGCAGCUUUGCUUCCAGGAAAAAAAAAAAAAAAAAAAAAAAAAAAAAAAGAGGAAGCAAAUGUAUAAACAAGCUUUUGCAAAACCAAAUGCUUGCCUAAGAUUGUGAGUUGCCAUGGGUUCAAGCACAUGCCAAAGAGGCAGCAGUGACCUGACACCCUUCCAAGAAAAAGGGAUCUUCCACUGGAUGACAGCUUAAACUCCACUGGCAAGACUUCUUGACCAGGAAACACCAAUUUCCUCUCUCAUUCUCACAGUUUAGGCAAUCCUCCUUUGGCAAAGGAAUGCCUUACCAUGCAUUCAGGGUCUGAUCUCUUUAAUCCCUGCAUUACAGAAGGUAAUCUCUAAUCAGUAAUUGUAGCAGCCCAGCUGAGGCAGGAGGCAGUGCUGGCCUGCAUGCUGAUGACAGCCUGUUUCACUCAGGAAGGGGGAGCUUCAAACUGCCUGUCACUUUGCUUUGUUGGAGCACUGUCUUGAAAUAAGGCAGGGAAAUACAACCAGAAUUUGCCUACUCUUCAUACAGGAGUGGCUUGAAAUGAAUAUCAGUUCCUCUAUUAAUCAACAAAUUCCAGAGCAGCUGCUUGCCCUCCCCCAGUUUCGCGGUCUGUACUCCCAGUAGCUACAUCCCGCUGCGCUCCUCCGCUCACAGAAGCAGAGUCAUGCUCAGGAUUUGUUUUCUCAAGGAAGUCUCCGUCACCUGCCUGACAGUCAGUUGGAUGCAUCUGGUGUGUAACUAGCUCAGAAGAAUCCAUCAUGAAAACAUGGUGAGGUAAUGCUGCAGCUAAUGUGUUAGGCCAGCGAGCUGUGCCUAGCCAAAAGCCAAGCAGCUCUGGAGACAAAUCUUGAUCGUGGAUUUGUAGCUUGGCCUGCCAGCACUCCUUGGCACUCUGACUUGGCAGUCAGUAACUGGCCCAGGGAUCUAGGGAAGCUCGUUCCUAAAGGGGCACUGCUGGAAUCUGGCUCGCUUGCUACCCAUUGAGACAGAUUUCAAACUUGCUGCUUAAGAGGGCAGAGUGGUCUGGGGGAAAUACCCCUCAUUUCCUGUACACACAGGCUGCCGUGUGAGACUGAAUCCCAGGAAAAAACAAAAUGCAAUAAAAGAGAAUUAGCUGAGAAAAUUGCAGCUUGGGAUGGGAAGUUGACCAUGUGGCUGGAACAGGCCCUUCAAAUGCUGCAGCAAAACUGCUCACUGACCAGGGCAUCAGGACGUGCUGAAGCCUGUGCAUUUGCUUUUCAUGUAUGUUUAAGCUUUGGUACAGCUGGGAGAAGUCUUCCACAUAUAAUUCACCCCCAAGUAUGUAUGGAAAUAUAUAAGAUUUUCACAAGCUCCUUCAUAUAUAUCAAAAACAGUGCCUUAAAUGAUGAGACAGCUUCAGAAAGCAAGAAAAACGCUGGCUUAGAAAUCCUGGGCUGAUAUGACUGUGGCAGUCUUAUUUCCAUCCAGCAUUGUGCAGCCUCUUGUGGUACAUAGUACUCUUGUAUUCAUUGCGUUUCUAAAAGAGGAAAUACAGGAACAUGUAGCAAAAAAGAAGGGUGAGACCUCUGACUGCGGUUAAUUGCGACAAGUUGGUGACAGAGAGAUCAAGGAAAAUUCCACUUGCAGAUAGACUUUUCUCUCAGUUCUGAAUGCUAAUAGGGUUUUUCUGCUUUGUUUUCUUUUCUUUUUCAUCUUAUCUGCUGUGGCAAAAACUGUCUUUCAUGAGAAUCUUUUGCACACAUUCCGAAGUGCUUUUAAGCUGUCAGAUGUCUUUUCUUGAGAUGUAGUUCCUGGCACACAGUGACUGUGCAAAGCUGAGGGCUCUUCUCCCCGCGGUAAUUAUCUGUAUUGCUCCAAGUGACACUGCUGGUGAAUGACAACUAUGGAUAAAAACAGCAGCAGCAACAGAGCUGCAAAGCCCACUGGGUUUUAUACUAAAUUGAAAUUAAAGCGGAGAUGAACACCAAACUGGAAACUAGCACAUUUCUGUCAGCGUAACAUAACAGCACAACGCCAUGGCUUUCUCUCUCCAGAACACCUUGGCAAAGGCGCUUUAUGACAACAAAGCGGAGUGCUCGGAUGAGCUGGCCUUCCGCAAAGGAGACAUCCUGACAGUUCUUGACCAAAACGUCAUCGGCAGCGAGGGCUGGUGGAAAUGCUCCCUUCAUGGCAGGCAGGGCCUGGCUCCUGCCAACCGCCUCCAGCUCCUGCCCGGUGCUCAGGCCCUCCCGCUGCCUCCUUCCACUCACGGCGAUGUCCCGGAGCCACCAGCGGGCCAACAGAACAUCUACCAGGUCCCCUCCGUCCCCAAGCCUCCUGUGGUAUCCUCUACAUAUGAGAAGAUGGAGGGGUGGGUGAAACCACCAGCCAGGGCCUGCACUCUGCCUGCCCAAGGGACGUACCAGGUACCAGCCCUGGCUGCGCAGCUGCUCAAUGAACGGACCCAAAGCUCAACGCGUCAGCACCUGUUUACUCUCCCAAGAGCAUCCCGGGCUUCAGUCCCAAACAUCAGAAGCGAGGUGUACGACGUUCCCUCCAUGCAGCGCCGCGAGUCCCUGUUCACGCGGAGUGCUGCCACUCCGCCCACAGCACGAAAGGGCUCUCUGCUGCUCAGAUCCGCCGAGUGCUUCCAAGAAGAGCAGCAGCUUUACAACAUCCCAUCUGGCCCAGAAAAAACAGGAGCUGUUAGCCACAAAGACUCACCAGUGGGCAAUUUGUAUGAUGUCCCUCCCAAAAGAGAAACCAGUGCUUCAGGGAAGGGAUUUCAGAAAAAGUGCUGGGGCCACUAUAAUACAUUGCCAAAUCCUCGAAAGUCAGAAUGGAUUUAUGAUAUUCCAGUAUCACCUGAACAAAUGGGAUUAGAACAAAGCCCUUCUGGCCCUUCUUUGGAGAACCAGGUGCUAUACGAUAUACCCCCAGCCAGGUACAAGGCGCUAACAACAAGCACUGAAGCCAAAGUUGUGAAUCCACAGUUAUACGAUAUUCCACCAACACAACGGAAAUUAGUGUUUCCAGAUGUCCCUCUUUAUGAUAUUCCACCCCCAAGGGACAUGCUCCUUUUGCCACAAAAUGGUAGCUGUGAGGCACCCCCAAGACACCUGGAUCCGAAGGCUGAGAACCAGAUUUCUGGAGAGAACGUUUAUGAUAUUCCUAAAGGUUUGCCCAACACUUCGCAGUCCAAGAAAGAGAGGGAAAAACCCAAUAGCAGUUCUGGAACCCAGGCAUACUGUGUUCCGGUCCAGAUCUCAAGAGACACCAAAUUGGAACAUGACAGAUCAUCUGUUUCUAGUGCUGACAGCAGAAGCAACACUGUCUCUACAUUCUCAAACCCUCCUGCUGAGCUUAUGUCAUCAUCAGAAGAGCCUGUCAAAGAAAUUAAACUGGAUCUUGAUGUAGCCAUAGAGACAUUGACUAGACUGCAGCAUGGUGUAUCCAGCUCAGUUGCUAGCUUAAUGAUUUUUGUGAGUAGUAAAUGGAGAUUAGAAGAGCACCUGGAGAAAAACAUUGAAGAAAUUCAUAGGGCAGUUGAUCACAUAAAAGUAUCACUCGGAGAAUUCUUGGCCUUUGCUCAAGCCAUAAAGGUAAAUGCCUCCUACAUCACUGAUAAUAAUCUUCAGACAAGAAUUAAAAAACAGCUGGAAAUUCUUAUCAACUCAUUCAAAAUCUUAACAGAAACAAGAGAAGCUCUAAACAAUUGCAACUGGUCACUAGAGGCUUUGGUCCUCAGGAAACCUCAGAACAACCCAGAUGAUCUUGAUCGCUUUGUUAUGGUAGCUCGCACAAUUCCAGAUGAUAUCAAGCGAUUUGUAUCCAUCAUCAUUGCCAAUGGAAAACUUCUCUUCAGAAAGAGUGAGAAGGAGCAAGAAACGAAGCAAUCAAACGUGAGCCCAGAAUAUAAAAUGGCAAAACAAAUCCCAGUGCCAAGAAGAAUAGAAAUAGAAUCGCUUCAAAGAAAUGCUCAAGACAAGCCGAACCAAAGUCAAGUCUCCCAAGAGAAAACAAAAGAAAAUGCUAUUGAGGACUGUGAAUAUGUUCAACUACAGGCACAGAAAAUCAUUUCAGGUAAAGAAGUAUCAAAGAAGAGUACGGAUUCAAAACCAAAGGUUUUGCCAUCUUCAAAAAAGAAUGUAAUUCAAAGCAAGCAAGACCCUGCAAAGAAAAUAGCUCUUCCAGAACAUUGUCGGCUGUGUUUUGGUGCGCUUCACAAGGCAAUUGCUGUAUUUAAUAAUAGUCUGAGCAAUAACCAGCCACCUGAAGUCUUUAUAUCCCACAGCAAAUUGAUCAUCAUGGUGGGACAGAAGAUAGUGGAUUCUCUCUGCCAGGAGACUCAAGAAAGAGAUGCUCGGAAUGACAUUCUCCACAGCAGCAGCCGGUUUUGCAGCCUCUUGAAGAACCUGGCCCUUGCCACCAAAAACGCUGCAAUACAAUAUCCAAAUGCAGACGCAAUGAGGGAACUUCAGAAUCAAAAUGAUGAGCUGUAUAAAUACACGCAGCAGUUUAGAGCAAUGAUGGAAUGAAAGAUGCUUCAUGUUUUUAUUUUAUUUUUUAGAACAGUGGUGAAAACUUGAAUCUCUUCAUUACUAGAGUUCUCUUUGCUCCCUUUGUGUAGGAACCAAGAGGGGAGCAAGAAGCUCAGUGCUGCCAACUUUGUCAUCCCCAAGUAUUCCUGCCAGGUUGUCCUCUCUCGGGUACUGAUGCUCAUUUAGCAGGUGAAGACCCACACAAUAGCAGAGACAGAGAGGAUUUGUAGUGUUAAAUCUGUACUUUCCCUCCGCCGUUCAGACACUGUAUAGAAGUGUUAUCAUCUUACGGUUGGGGCAGAAAUGUUUGCUGUGUAUUCAAGCAAAUUUUAUUAUCUGAUUUUUAUUUUUUAUUUUUAUUUCUAUACAGAUAAAUAUAUUUUCCUACUUUUCUUUUUUUUUUCCCUAUUUGGGUAUGUAAAGUCUGUCUUUAAAUUUAAACAUACUGUUGUGUAAGUUGUGAUAUUGCUAUGUGUACCCAUCAUCGUUUCUAGAGCACUUGACCCAAAUCUUGUAAUUAGGGGUGAAAAAAGUAUCUGAAGAAUUAGCUUUGCAGCUGUUUAAUGUACAAAUGUGUAUUACAGGAUGAAAUCUGCAUGGCAUAGAUAUUAAUCAGAAGUGUUCCAGCUGGUUAUCUGAGCACUGACAGAAAACUGGGGGUUCUGCCUUGCUGUGUACAGCCACGAGGAGCUGUUCCUGGUGCCCUGCCUCGGAACAAGCUGGUUUCAGUCAGUAAAUACAGAAUAAGUUGGUUUCGGUCAGUAAAUACUGAGGCUUUGGACAAGCACCUCAAGCACAUGGGCGAUG